CCGGCGCCCGCCAAUCGCAGUCGCGGCGGUUGACGCGGCGUGGGCGGAUCCUUGCAGAAGGCUAGCAGAUAGCUCUGGACUCUGGCUUCGCAGACGCACCAGGAGAAGGAAGUGCUGGUGUUUCCUCAAGUCAGGAAUGCCUCUCUUUGGGAGUAUAUUCAGCCCAAAGAAGACCCCUCCUCGGAAGUCUGCCUCUCUCUCCAAUCUGCAUUCUUUAGAUCGGUCAACGCGGGAAUUGGAGCUGGGCCUUGACUAUGGAACUCCUACCAUGAACCUGGCAGGGCAAAACCUGAAGUUUGAAAAUGGCCAGUGGGUAGCAGACACAGUGAUUAGUGGGGGCGUGGAUCGGAGGGAGACUCAGCGCCUGCGCAAACGGAACCAGCAGUUGGAAGAAGAGAACAAUCUCUUGCGGCUCAAAGUGGACAUCCUACUGGACAUGCUUUCAGAGACCACUGCUGAGUCCCACUUAAAGGACAAAGAACUGGAUGAACUGAAGAUCAUCAGCCGCAGGAGGAAGUGAAGCACCUGUGCACACUCCCUAGGUUAUCAGAAAGGCCCACU